CGUUCAAGUCAAUGGCAGGCGCCGUCCCCCAAGGCGGUUUCCUAUCCCCAGAGAUAGUUGAUAAAAUUAUCGACCAAGUCCAUCUUUUUCCUCCAAGGUCUUCCGGUUGGAAUGAGGAUGACGACUCUGACGAUGAGGAGGCUGAGCUUGACCGCUUUGGUGACCCAUGCCCUAAAGAUAGGCGCCUCUCCACCCUUCUGUCUUGUUCAUUAGUUUGCAGGACAUGGUUGCCACGCAGCCGAUAUCAUAUCUUCGGAACCACCUCCGUUUCCUUUUACAACCAUGCGUCCUUCAUGAGGCUCCUCGACAGUCCUCGCUGUACUUUUUUCACAUCUGUUUAUACCCUGCAUCUGGAUGAAAAUAUGGUCAGAAAUGAUCCAGAUCGUCCAGAUGAUUUGGAGCCCGGUUACUAUUGGCUCCAUCAUACUCUUCCUACAGGGUUCCUUUUCAGCUUCCCAGAGCUCAAAACGCUACGCAUCUCCGGUGCCCGAUUCGAUUGGGCAUCAGAUCUUGACCUUGAAGAUCUCCUAGGUCCCUGCGAUCUCCAGGGUGUCCCAAAUCUGACUCUGAGCUGUUGUCAUUUUCGCAACCUGGCCGAUUUGGCGGGUAUAUUGUCAUCGUGCGCUGCGCUAGUGUCUGCGCAUCUGCAGCUCGUCUGCCUCGUAGAUCCAAGAGUCACGCUUCCGACCAAAUUUGCUCUCCUCAGUCCCCUCCCCGAAUCGUUGACAUCGCUGAAGAUCAACCUUUAUACCCACCCUUCGCUUGUACAGCUCAUAUCCAGGGCUAGCACAUCACUCAAGCAUUUGAGCAUAGGUAUAGCGGAUUCUACAACAGUCUCCAAUCCGGUUGAGCCCCUCAUUGACAAUAUCAAAUAUUGCUCGAAUCUUGAAUCUGUCGCAUUUUGCCCAAUUCACCUACAGAGUUACUCCCGUGAGAAGUGUUAUAAACAUAUUCCGAUCAUCCUCCAAACGAUCACCUCUUCCUCCAUCACUGACAUCAUCAUGUCAGUCUGCGCGAACUCUGUCGACGAUUUCGACAUCUUCAAUUGGAAGUCCAUCGCCGAGAUUCUCAGCCAGAAGAAGUAUGCGAGUCUCCAGAGAAUCACUGUUGAUAAUGUGAAGGAAAAACUAGUCGCAGAGGCGAAGAAAAAGAUCACAACAAAGCUGAAGGGCUUGCUAGCCAGGAAUCCAUCGGUUGAAAUCAUUAUCAGCAAUGAUGUGGAGAGGCACGAAACCGCAUUCUAUGGACGAUAACCUGUGGAGAGAAUUCUGCAAGCUUCUCUGUCCUUGUCUUCCUCCGUCUGCAGGAGCGCGCCUUUCUCCUAUUCCCGAAGCCAAAAUGUUACGUAGAAACCAGUGCGAAUAUAUAUAGUUUCCAACCAUG